AUUGUCUGAGUAUGACAAAUCAUACAUAAAGCGCAUCUCCAGCAUUGUAAGCUCCAGAAACUGACUUGCAGUCCGCGCAGAGGACACAAAUCUCAUUCCGAUGGUGCGCAAAGUCCAGCAGACAGCCCUGGUAACUUAAAAACCGAUGUGCAAAGCUGAGCGCGUUUCUAAUGUAAGACAGUGUUUAAUAUAAAUUGCAGUGUGGCGUUUCUGUAGAGAAGACAGCCGCGAAAGAGGAACUUCCCGGCAGUGCUUACCUACAAGACCGACAUCAUAGAUUUCCCGUGCUAUCGCAGCGGAGAGAGGGGGAGGAGGAGAGCGCUGAUUCACGGCUUGCAAGAGGAGGGAGAGCCGUGCGGACGGGCUCAGAAGAUCCAUCUCUUAUCUUAAAAUACCGACCCCCCCCCCUCCUCCUCCUCCCUCGUCAUUGACAGCUUUGCGACCCGGUCAAUCCGUCAGACAGGGAGGAUCUGGGGAGGAGGGCGCCAAGGCAGGAGAGGACGAAAGGCGAUCACCUCUGGCCGGUUUGAUCCAAUCGCCAAUACCGAGCAGGCUGGGGACCUGCCUCUCCGUACAUGAGGACGACACAGUGGCUUCACCGGAGGAUUUUGGUCUGAGGAGCACGUUUGACUCAAGAGAUCCAAACAGCGAGAAUAUAUUGAGACUGUUGGCAGGCUGAUCUGAACGGCAAAACAGUAAUAAAGGGGUUGGACAGGAGCUAUUUCGCAGUCUCCACAUAAACUCGCCAGAACACAAAUCCAGGGGCCCAAAGGUGUGGUGGAGGCUGCAGAGAGGCCCCACCCAUUCUCCUGACCCACUAAAAUAAUCACAGGUGGUGGGUGGAGAAAAAGCACAGCCCAGUGCUGGAUCCCAGAGGGACUGUCAGUGUGGUAAGGACCCUUGAGACGAAGAAGGGUGCAUGGAGGGUUCAAGGCCUGUAAAGCCAGGGUCGUCAGCCUGCCUCUGGUUGGGGCUGGUCUCUGUGGCUGUAGCCUUCCUUUGUACAGAGGCCCGGACCACUCCGAGCCCUCUGCUCAGCCCCAGCAAUGCAACCUGCGCGGGAAACUCCAAGUGUCAUGCAGGGAUCAUCCUGCCCAUCUGGUAUCCCGAGGAUCCCUCCAUGGGAGACAAGAUAGCACGGGUCAUUGUGUAUUUUGUGGCAAUGAUCUACAUGUUUCUCGGAGUGUCCAUCAUUGCCGACCGCUUCAUGGCGGCCAUUGAGGUCAUCACCUCCCAGGAGAGGGAAAUUGUCAUCAAAAGGCCCAAUGGGGAAACAACCACCACCACGAUCCGGGUGUGGAAUGAAACGGUCUCGAACCUCACCCUCAUGGCCUUGGGCUCGUCUGCCCCUGAGAUUCUGCUCUCUGUAAUUGAGGUUUGUGGACAUGAGUUCAGAUCUGGUGAGCUUGGGCCCGCCACAAUUGUCGGCAGUGCAGCCUUCAAUAUGUUUGUCAUCAUUGGCCUCUGUGUAUCUGUUAUUCCCCAAGGAGAGGUACGCAAGGUCAAACAUCUCAGAGUGUUCUUUGUCACUGCAGGCUGGAGCAUCUUUGCUUACAUCUGGCUCUACAUGAUUCUGGCAGUUUUUUCUCCCAACGUAGUCCAGGUCUGGGAGGGUCUACUCACACUGGCCUUCUUCCCCAUAUGCGUACUCCUUGCCUGGGUAGCAGACAGACGACUGCUCUUCUACAAGUUCAUGCACAAGAAGUAUCGCACCGAUAAGCACAGGGGUGUCAUCAUCGAGACGGAGACUGAACGCUCCAAGGGGAUUGAGAUGGACGGCAAGAUGGUCAACUCUCACUUCAUGGACGGAGGUGCAGCAAGCAAUCUUAUUGGUUUGAUCGAGAGCAAAGAGGUGGAUGAGUCCCGGCGUGACAUGAUCCGCAUCUUGAAAGACCUGAAGCAGAAGCACCCAGAGAAAGAGUUGGAUCAGCUGGUUGAGAUGGCCAACUACUAUGCUCUCUCGCACCAGCAAAAGAGCCGUGCCUUCUACCGCAUCCAAGCUACACGCAUGAUGACAGGGGCGGGAAAUAUCCUGAAGAAACACGUUGCAGAGCAGGCAAAGAAGAGCGUCAGUGUGCAGGAGGUGCAUGUGGAGGAGCCAGAAGAGUAUGUGUCUCGAAUUGCGUUUGAGCCUGCUGUCUACCAGUGCCUCGAGAACUGUGGUGCCGCCAUUCUGACCAUUGCCAGAAAGGGUGGCGACAUCAACAAGACGAUCUACGUGGAUUAUAAGACAGAGGACGGCUCGGCUAACGCUGGGGCCGACUAUGAAUUCACAGAAGGUACAGUAGUGUUCAAACCAGGAGAGAUGUUCAAGGAAAUAAACAUUGGCAUCAUAGAUGACGACAUCUUUGAAGAGGACGAGCACUUUUUCGUGCGCCUCAGUAAUCUGCGUGUCCUGGAGACUGAGGACGAGGUGCUGUCCGCCAACAGUCUCCCGUACCCAAAGGCCAUGCUGGGCUUCCCCACUGUGGCCACUGUGACCAUUCUGGAUGACGAUCAUUCGGGCAUCUUCACCUUUGAGAGCAACUCAGUGCACGUCAGUGAGAGCAUCCGUAUUAUGGAAGUGAAAGUGCUAAGGACUUCUGGAGCAAGGGGGACGGUCAUUGUGCCUUAUCGCACCGUGGAGGGACUUGCCAAAGGAGGAGGGGAGGACUUUGAAGACACCUACGGGGAGCUUGAGUUCAAAAACGAUGAGACCUGCAAAGUUAUUCAUGUGAAAAUUAUUGACGAUGAGGAGUAUGAGAAAAACAAGAACUUCUUCCUGGAGCUGGCCGAGCCUCGCAUGGUAGACAUGAGUCUGCAGAAAGCCCUAUUGUUAGCUGACAAUGUACCAGACAGGAAGAUGACAUCAGACGAGGAGGAAGCCAGGCGGAUCGCAGAGAUGGGAAAACCAGUGCUGGGGGAACACUCCAAGCUGGAAGUCAUUAUUGAGGAAUCAUACGAGUUUAAGAGCACAGUGGACAAGCUGAUCAAGAAGACCAACCUGGCACUGGUGGUGGGAACGAACUCCUGGAGAGAGCAGUUCAUGGAGGCCAUUACAGUCAGUGCAGAUGAGGACGAAGAGGACACAGGGGAAGAACGGCUACCAUCCUGUUUCGACUAUGUCAUGCACUUCCUCACCGUCUUCUGGAAGGUCCUGUUUGCUUGCGUUCCUCCCACUGACUACCUGAACGGCUGGGCCUGUUUCAUUGUCUCCAUUAUCAUCAUCGGCCUGCUCACGGCCGUCAUCGGCGACCUGGCGUCUCACUUCGGCUGCACCAUUGGCCUCAAGGACUCUGUCACUGCUGUGGUGUUUGUGGCACUUGGUACAUCUGUCCCAGACACCUUUGCCAGUAAGGUAGCAGCAGUCCAGGACACCUACGCAGACGCCUCUAUCGGGAAUGUGACCGGCAGCAACGCCGUCAACGUCUUCCUGGGAAUCGGCAUGGCCUGGUCAGUGGCGGCCAUCUACUGGCACAUGAAAGGGAAGCCAUUUGUGGUGGAAGCUGGCUCGCUGGCCUUCUCUGUCACCCUCUUCACCAUCUUCGCCUUCCUGGCCAUCUCGGUGCUGCUUUACAGGCGCCGGGCCCACAUCGGAGGAGAACUGGGCGGGCCCCGGGGACACAGACUGGCCACAUCAGCCUUCCUUUUCGGCCUCUGGUUCCUUUACAUCCUCUUCUCCAGUCUGGAGGCCUACUGUCAUAUAGAGGGCUUCUAAACAGAAAAGACUUCAGCGUGAGAGAAUACACACAUACAGGGGUUUAAAGUACAACUUCAGAGGUAGAAGAGUGAAUUCUCACUGUGGAAUAUGGAUCAGUCUUGUAUGGUAUGAAAGGACAGGAGAGGUAAAUCCGGUGUUUUCCCAGACACCUCCCUCCCUCUCCCUCUCUCUCUUCCUCAACCCCUCCUGUAAGGAUGCUUGGAGGUGUGUCUCCUGCCCUCUAGUGCCAUUAGGCCUGUUCGCCCUGGCUAUAGGAGAGCCGUCCUGAGCCUGUGCGAGUGUGCUUACAGUUGGGAUUGGGUUACCACUGAGUCCAGAAGAUGUCGAUGCCUGGGUGGUCCUGCAUUCCACUGAAAGAGACUGCAGUCUUAUAUCUGGAGAGAGUUGAGUUAAUCAGAGGUAUAUAUUUUUCUCAACAUCUGACGAGAAUGACUUUUUUUAAAAAGUAUUUUGGGGAUAAAAAUGCAAAAAAUAAAUAAAACAAAAAAAUAAACACACACACACACAUACAAAAAGAGGAAUAAAAGAACUAUUUUCUGAUCUACGUUAAGGAAUAGCAAAAGAUAAUAUCGUAAAUGGGAAUAUGUUGUUGAGUGACGGUGGGAUGGAUUCAUAGUAUUUAUUUUUAUUUGCAUAGUUUCCUAAGAAGCACUGCAGAGUUCUCAGAAAUCACACAAAGAAGAAGAAGAAGAAGAGUGACAGUGACAGUUCAUACUGGCAGAUGAAUCACCAUUCAAACAGGCAAGGAGGUAGAGGUGGACACUGCCCUGAACAUUACUUCCGUACUCUAUACGUAUCUAUAUAUAAUAUAUUUCCAUAUUUUCUGUAUAUUUUGAAUAUUUGUUUAAAUGUGGUCACCUUCUGCUCUAACAACAGAGGAUUGCUGUGGCUAAGUGGGGGGGGGGUGUCAAACUAUAUACUGGAACGAUGUCUUCACAUUUUUAAGAGUUAUGUAACUUGCCUAGGUAAAAGUAUGACAUUGUAUUUUAUUUAUUUACUGAUAUCUUGGUCUCACUCGAGUUUUCACCUUUUCAAUCAGAAAUCAGAAAAAAAGAAAAAAAAAACGUGUUGCUGCAGAGGUAAAUUCAGAGGUAUUUUUCUACUCUUCCUUUCAUGCACUUUGCUGUAUAGUUCUAUUUAUGGAGACUUCUACUUGUACAUGUGCAAAAGGCCAAUAUUAAAGGUGUCACUAUGGACUGAACAGAGUGCCUGUGGAGGGAGAGGCGUUUGCUGCAGCUGCCCACACUGACAAGCUCUUUGUUCAGCUGAACAACUGAAGAGUUUCUUUCUAAAAUGGUGCAUAACCAUUUUUGAAGCUGCAUUAAUAGAUUUUUGGCCACUUAGGGGAAGCAGAACAAGUUGAAAACACAUCUGCCAUAUUAUAACCUUAAAGAAAGCAGAAGUCCUGAUGCCGCUAGCUGCUAGCUGCUGUUCCACUAGCUUCUGUACCUUCUUGAGUUUAACUAUCUGCUUAUUAAAAUAAAUAUCUAAGUUCAAACCUUCGUGAUUUUAACAAAAUUAAACAACGAUUAAUUUGUUGCCAUACAAAAAGCUACAGCUCCUACAGUGUGUUAGCUUGCAUCAUCAUAACUUUGGUUUCUUUCAUAUCCAUGAACAUUCUCUUUUAAUGUCAUUUUUCCAACUUUUUAGUCGUCUAUAAACGUCUACAACAUUCUGUGCUCUCUGCCCUGCUAUCGUUUCAGCUAGUUACUCGCCUCUCGCCUGUGGACUAGCCUCAGCUGGUGAUAUUUAACAAUGGUCUAGGGCUUAUGGAAAAUGUACAUUAAAUGCCACUGAAAACAGAAAUAUUAAAUAAAAAAUAUUACAUUGUUUUAAAAAAGAAUUACAAUCCCUGUCUUGAGAAACAGAAUGAACAACAUGACAAAGGCUUAAAUAGCAGAGUAAUUUGCAUUAUUACAAAUGUUAAUUGGAUUUUGAAUCAGGUUUUCUCACUAAUGAAACAGAACCCAGAAGUUCUACUCUCACUCCAGCUCUAUAUAAAGUCGCAUUCAUUAGCAUUAAUUUGGAGUUGUAUUUUUGAACAGCUGAUGAAUGUAAGUCAAAUAUUCAUUUUUGUUCUCCAACAACUCCGGGAGGAAAUAUCUUGCUAUUUAGCUGCUAAAUAUUCCUCUUUUUUUCACAAACUAGAUGCUAACUUUGUUUGCUGUUUGGUGCUCGGCAGGAGUGCUAACAUUGGAGUUAGCUAAAAUUGCUAAAAUACUUUAUGGAAAUGAUGGGAAAGACAGAGUUGGGUGAUAAUUCUCUGUGGGACACCUUUCACAUUACACAUAAUCAUUUUAUCCAUUGUUAAAUAUCUAUUAGUGCAGCUUUAACAAAAUCAAAUAUUUCUUUUCUUGACAUUACAGAAAAUCAAGGUGAUUCCAUAAUCAGAUUUGUUGGCGUUUUGUUGGCAGCACUUCAAAAAAUGACUCAUAAAUUACAUGUUUUUCCAUAACAACUUUUACUUUUGGUCAUUAUGUAAAGAGUAGGUGUCAGUGAUGCUCAUUUUGGUUUGAAACUCUUCAGUGAAGAAGCUGUGUCGAGAGCUGCUGGUGUGGGUGUCAGAGCAUCAGAUAGCUCCAGGUUGAAUUUGAAAGUAGCCUGAUAUUGAUUAUGAAUGCUGUUUAACACACGACUGGUGCUUUGUUUUUAAAACGAGAGAAAAAAAAUGUACACGUUUGAAACUCCCAAGAGCAGCAGAAAAUAUGUUUAUUACUUAAUUUGCAUAAAAGUGUAUGUUAGUAUAUAAUCAGUCAAUUCUUGGCUAAUUUAAAAAUCACCCAAGAGAUUACCAAAGAGGUGGGAUGCAACAUCUGUUUUAAAAAAAAAAAAAUUAUAAAAAUAAAAAGUAAACACAAAAAAAAGUGACAGUAGGUGGCAGUGACACUGUAUUUCCACAAGGGGGAUGUCAAUCUCUAGUCCCUGUGGUCGUCCCUUCUUCUACUUCUCUACUUAGCACUCCUCCUCCUCCUCCUCAGUGUUCUUCCUUUGUGGUGAGCAGUGUUGUAAAUAUGUCUGGUGGCUGAAUCAGAUGCUCUUUUCCUGGCCCUGGACCGCACCUGCUCACCCCACUCUCUCUCUAUCUCUCUUACAUGUAAACGCACACACAUUCGGAGUAGAGCGAUGGGUCCACUGCUGCACAGGAGGGAGGACAGUUGGGCUGACUGUCCCAUUCAGAGGCAACACAAAACCCACAUUAUGUACAUAAUUUUCAGUGUAUGUUUACAUAGACACAGUAUAGGUGUCCUGGGUGGGGGUGGGGAGGGGGUGGAAGCAUGUCAACACGACUCUCACAUCUCAUCUACAGGUUAUCUGCAGUUGCUUCAUCUGAGCCAGUGUCAGUGGAGGUGUGAAGUAUUCAAAUGCUUUUAGUAUUUUAUUUUUUGAGGCUCAUUUUGUCACCCUUUCCCUUGUUAAAAUCCUGCAACAGGAAAUAUUUUCAGUUUUAAGUUCAGCAGGUAUUCAUGAUGACAAGGAAUUGCCAGUGUUUUUAGUUUUAUCUUCGCCUUUAGUGGCUAUUUGUAUUAUUCAUUUCUUUGUAUUCUUGAUUUUAUCUGCCGGGAUGUGUAGAGCUGAACGUCGGCCAGUUUGUGUUUGUGUGCUGUGCAUGUUGCCGUGCUGGAGCCAGGCUGUGCGUCCUCUUCGCACUUGUGUGCACAGACAGGUGUUGUUGGUCUUCACAAGGGCAUGACUCUAAAUUGGUUCUGUCAUUUUGUCUUAACAAUACAUGUCUUAUUCUAUAAAAGAUGAAAAAUAUUUAUCAUACACAUCACCUCUCAAGGCACCAGUAUUUUCUUUUUCUCAGCCUGUAGGAUGGAAGUGAAAUAUCACUGUACAGUAAUUGGUGGUUGAUGAUGUUGUGAAACACUGAGGAAAGCUUCAUUGAAUAGGUGAAUGCUUUUUUAAAAAACUUUUGUGUAACAGAAAAGGGGCACAUUUUAAAGGAUGGAUAUGUUUUUCCUGGCCUGCAAUGAGCUGUCAAAAUAAAAAAGCAAAUUUCCAAAGCUGA